GGGCGGGAGGAGCCGCAGGGAGCGGCCGGUGCGCUGCGCUCUGCGCUGCUGCGCGCCCUGCGAGCCCCUCCGCGCUGCUCCUCUCCAGCCAUGGCUGUAAAGGACCCUACAGCUGUAGAAAGAGCAAAUUUAUUGAACAUGGCUAAACUAAGCAUCAAAGGACUCAUUGAAUCAGCCCUGAGCUUUGGGCGCACUCUGGAUUCUGACUACCCACCUUUGCAGCAGUUCUUUGUUGUCAUGGAGCACUGCCUGAAGCACGGCCUGAAAGUAAGAAAAUCCUUUCUAAGUUACAAUAAAACCAUCUGGGGUCCUCUGGAACUUGUGGAGAAAUUAUAUCCAGAAGCUGAGGAAAUAGCAGCAAGUGUCAGAGAUUUGCCUGGCCUUAAGACCCCCCUGGGCCGUGCCCGGGCCUGGCUGAGGUUAGCGCUGAUGCAGAAGAAAAUGGCUGAUUAUCUUCGCUGCUUAAUCAUCCAGAGGGACCUCCUCAGUGAGUUUUAUGAGUAUCAUGCACUGAUGAUGGAGGAAGAAGGAGCAGUUAUUGUUGGGCUGUUAGUUGGGCUAAAUGUCAUCGAUGCCAACCUGUGUGUGAAGGGAGAAGACCUGGAUUCACAAGUGGGGGUGAUCGAUUUUUCUGUGUAUUUGAAGAGUGAUGAUGACAUUGGGGGUAAAGAAAGAAAUGUACAGAUUGCUGCAAUAUUGGACCAAAAGAAUUACGUUGAGGAACUCAACAGGCAACUGAAUAGCACAGUUAGCAGUCUACAUGCAAGAGUGGAUUCACUGGAGAAAUCAAACACUAAACUGAUUGAAGAGUUAGCAAUAGCAAAAAACAAUAUAAUUAAACUUCAGGAAGAAAACCAUCAAUUGAGGAGUGAAAAUACUCUGAUUUUAAUGAAAACACAGCAUCAUCUAGAGGCCACUAAGGUGGAUGUGGAAGCAGAGCUGCAGACGUACAAGCACUCGAGGCAGGGCUUGGAUGAGAUGUACAACGAGGCUCGUAGGCAGCUCCGCGAGGAGGCACAGCUGCGCCAGGAUAUGGAGAAUGAACUGGUGGUUCAGGUUAGCAUGAAACAUGAGAUAGAGCUUGCCAUGAAGCUGCUGGAGAAGGAUAUCCAUGAGAAGCAGGACACCCUCAUCGGCCUGCGGCAGCAGCUUGAUGAAGUGAAGGCAAUUAAUGUGGAAAUGUACCAAAAGCUGCAGGUUUCUGAAGAUGCUAUGAAAGAAAAGAAUGAAAUAAUUAGUCGAUUAGAGGAUAAGACCAAUCAAAUUAAUGCAACUAUGAAACAACUAGAACAAAGUGACAAAGAUCUGUUAACUCAAACUAGGACUAUUGCAAUGUCAUUCAUCAAAUGUGCCAGCAAUGAGGCUCAGCACCAGUAUAAACUUGUCAAGGAUAUAUCAUUCUGAAAGCUCCUCCAGAUCUCUUGUGUUGAAAUAAUUGCUGAUAAAAUAGGACUUGAGUUGUCCAGUUAAAACUUGAAAGUGGUAUUAGAAAUCCUGCACUGUAACUGAUCGUAGCUGGGUUCUGGUUUUGUUUUCUGAAAGAACGUCAUCUCCGAUCUCACUUUACCCCUCCUAAAAAAAAAAAAAAAAGAAAAAAAAAUUAAAUUACUGCACUAUUAUUAAGCAGAUGUAAGCUAGUUUUCUAAUGCUAUUGAAUCACUUCUUGGUCAAAUUUUAUUUUAAGAGGUUAGAAGUCUUUACUUUGGCUGUACAUUUUUAUGACACUUGUUUCUAAUUAGCGAUUUUUCCAGUUCUUUGGUACUAAGGGGUUUAAAAAGUAGCCCCACUUCUCUUCUGCUCUGCUUACUCCUUUCACUUUUAGGCUGUGUUUAUCCCAAAAGCACGCUCUCUGUUGGGCUUUGUGGUUGUAACUAGCACUGUUUUCUUGAACAGAGUGGCAGGAGCUGGAGGGAGGGGGCUGAGCUCUGGCAGAAGGAUGGAUGUAGGAAAAGAGGGUGGUGCCAACAUCGUGUUCUGUGUGUGCAGUGAAGGAAUGGCAGCCUUUGGACAGCUAAAGCACAGUUCCACCUCCCUGAUGGAGGAGGACACUCUCAUGGAGCAGAAGUGUGAUUGGAGCCUGAUGGGUGAGGGAGUCCAGGCAGAGACAGUGCUGCAGCAAAUUCUGUAGCUGUGCCUCCUGCUUAGCACAGCUGCCCUGGGAGGGGGAGCAGUGAGCAGGAUUUACAACUGGGGCCCAGAUGCUGAACCUGCCUAACCUGUUUGUCAGCUGAGGAUCUUGCCUGGCUGUGUCUGCACUGAGAUCAACACCUGUGGUUGUGCCCAAACCCUUUUCCCUCCCUCCACCCACCAUUAGGCAGCUUUUACAGCUCCAGUUUCUGCUGUGAGCAGCUGCUUGCCUGCACUGCAGAAAGAGUUUAGGCUGCUGACUGCCCUUAAUACACUCCCUGAUGUUUGCUCUGAAUUUGGAGUGGAAGUUGACUGGGAAAAUGAUCUUAAGAGUUUUGCAGCAGAUGGGGAUGUGUUGGAAAAAGUGGGGACAGGAUGCAAUAAUACAGAAAGGGUUUCUAAUGCAUGGUUAUGUAUUAGCUUAUUCCUUGGUUUGGAGGCAGAAAGAGCCUUACAUGAGCUGGCCACUGAAAAGUAACUUCUCUUCCAUCUUCAAAGAAAACCCAAACCAGAAACAUGGAAUAGAACAGCAGGAAUUGGAGCCUUAUCCACCUCACCGUCAUCUAUGCAAACAAGUGUCUACCACAGCAUCACCUGAACGCCAAAUCCAGCUGCAAAGUGCAGCCAGCUCAGCAUCUGCCUGGAUUUCAGCAGUGCAGCCAGCCCUGCUGCCGGGCUGGGGAUGAUGCUGCAGCUUUUGGGCAGCAAGCUCCCUUUCUGCCUUGCUCGUGGAAACAACUCUGCAGUUGAUUUUAUGGUUUAGGGAAGGGUUUAAUGUGCUUUUGGUGUUGAUGUCUUGUGUAACUUCAGUCAGCUUCUGCACAAAGGAGGGCCCUGCUUUUUCCCAAUAUUCUCCCUCCCAUGGCUUGGCCCUGUGUGCACUACCAUUCCAGAUGUGUCUGGGUGCAUUCUUCAGGCCCCUGGGAUAGCUGAGUGAGAUAGUGCACCCUUGAUAAGGUAAUUUAAUUCCAGCCUUGUUCACUGGUUUGGCAGCAGCUUUUGGAAACUCCCUCUGGUGCAACUCCACCAGCAGAAGCACAAAUGCAGACAUACUGCUGACACAUCUUUUUAGCUGGCUCUGGGGGCUGGGAGCAGCUCUGUGCUCAGUGAGCUGCUGGGAGGUGACAAAUCCACAAUCUCACUGAUCUCUCCCACCACUUCCCUGACAGGCCCUUGAGACAGUUUUGCAGAACACAGAGCAUCAGGUGGGGACAUUGCCUGGGAUUUUACAGGCUCUUGUAUUCCCCAGACAGGUGUAACCCUGACAUAGCACAAGUGCCCUUCUAGCACAUUUACUUUUGUUGCAAUACAUCCACCAGAGAGGAGCCACAGUGAACUAAUGCAUUCCAAGGACAGUGUCAGCUGAACAAACCUGGAACUCAGAAAGAAAAGUUGAAAUCAAAUAACAAUCCCUCAUUUCUUGGUUAAUCGUUUUGAUUUGUCUAUAGUAUGGAGCUAUUUUAAGCAGUGUAAGAAUGCAUUAUUUUUAAUACAGACUAUUUAAAUGAAUUAUGAUGUAGUUGAGGUAGUUCUAUAAAUGUAGUGGGACCUGUCAGGGUGUAUUUGUUGUAUUAGGCUAGUCUUUUUGCUGUCUGAUUGCAGUGCUCUGUAUGCAACCUUAUGCCUCAAUUGUUUUGAGCUGCUUUUGCACAACACAUGCUCUGCCCUGUCUUAAUGGGUGAUUAGUGCAAGCCAAGUACUUUUACAGAAAUCACUUGGGGCAAGAAAAAGCUUCAGAAAUAACACAUGAACAUUUCUAAAGGAACAAGAAAAGCAUCAUGUUAAAUGCUUUGAUUCUAAAAUAUGUAUCAUGCUUUGGCACCUGUUAUUCAUGAGCAUAAAAUAAACCAAUUAUUACUUACA